AUGUACCAGAAGAACACCUCGGCCAUGGACCCGUACGGGAUCCCUGUCGGCGUCCCGGCGCCGCAGGGUGGCACUGCGCACCUCGGGCCUGUGCAGUCGAUGAAGCCGCAGGCGCCGGCGACGACGGGCUACCGCGACUGGCCGUUUGCGGUCCUCUUCAUCGGCAACGUCGCGGCCAUGAUCGUGCUCCUCGUCAUGUGGGGCAUCCCUGUGCUUCAAAACACGUCUUCGUCAACGACCUCGACCAAGUCGACGUCGUCCAACAACCUCCUCUCGGACAAGGAGAUGCGCACCGUGCUCAUCAUCUCUGGUGUCAUGGUCGUCCUCUCGGGCGUGCUCUCGCUCGUCAUGCUCUCGUUCAUGGUCCGCUUUGCGAGUGGCAUGAUCACGUUCUCGCUCUGGUUUGGCGUCGGUCUCAACGUGCUCUUCACCAUCUACGCUGUGAUCAAGAAGCAGUACGCCCUCGCGAUUCUCGGUGCCAUCUUUGUCCUCCUCUCUCUCUGCUACGCCUUUGCGGUGCGCGACCGUAUUCCCUUUGCGGCCGCCAACUUGCGCUGCGCGGCCGCAGCCAUCAAGAAGCACGCGAGCACGUACUGCGUCGCGUUCUCGAUGCUCGUCUUGCAGAUCGUGUGGGUGGCCGUUUGGGCGACUGCCGCGCUCGGCCUUGCCAACCAUCUGAACGAGAAGGACGCGACGUCGUCGACGCGCGGCAAGCCCGACGGAUCGACGUGCAGCAUUAGCAGCGAGUGCAUGUCCAACAAGUGCUCGGCCACAUACAGAUGCGAGGCGGCGGGCCUCAAGUCGGCGUCGUACGUGGCGUACUUUUUCAUGCUCAUCUCGUUCUUCUGGGGCAUGCAGACGAUCAAGAAUGUCACGCACGCGACCGUCGCGGGCACGGUGGCGACGUGGUGGUACUCGACUAACUCGGCGGGCGCGACCGGCGCGUCGCUCAAGCGCACGCUCACGACGUCGUUUGGCUCGAUCUGCCUCGGGUCGCUUAUCGUCGCCAUCCUCCAGGCGCUGCGCCAGCUGGCCGAGGAGGCGCGUCGGUCGGGCGACGCGGCGGCGUGCAUCGCCGAGUGCAUUCUCGGCUGCCUCCAGAGCCUCAUGGAGUACUUCAACCGCUGGGCCUUCGUGUACGUGGGUAUCUACGGCUACAAGUUUACGGACGCGGGCAAGGCCGUGAUCGGUCUCUUCCGCGACCGCGGCUUUGACACGAUCAUCAACGACGACCUCAUUGGCAACGUGCUCCUCUUCGCGUCGCUCGGCGUCGGCUUUCUCUGCGCCGGGCUCGGGCUUGUCUACACAUACAUUGACACGGCCAACACGACGUUCAACAACUCGCAGAUCAUCAUUCCAGUCAUGGGCCUCAUCUUUGGCAUUGGCAUCUCGAUCAUCCCGUUCAGCGUCAUUGACAGCGCGGUCGCGACCAUCUUCGUGUGCUUUGCCGAGGACCCUGCGGCGCUGCAGACGUCGCACCCGGAGCACUUUAAUGAGCUCAUGACCGAGUGGCACCGCAUGUACCCGGAUAUCAUGGUCGCGUCCGGCUACUACGUUGUGUACUAA